CAUCAUCUCCAGAACAAACGGACCCGGUGAUUACAGCUGGGGUGCUGGCAGUUCCUCUUCUUCAGGCACUCAGCGUGUGCUUCGACUCUUCUAUGCAAGAGGACACUCACAUCCAGUGGAGAGAAGUUCAGGGAUGCAGAGGGAAUGUGAGGGAAAAAUGGCCUUCAGCCAGAAGAUGCUGUCCAGAUCACCCAGAAGGAAGACUCGCGUUCAUUCUUGCCUACUGAUUAUGACACAUUUUCGUGGUCAGAUACGGGGUCCACACUGGGGUCCCACCAUGGACAACAUGCUGAUAGACUUCUGGCGAAAACACGAAUGCCUCUUUAAUUCCUCGCUGGAGUCUUACUACGACAAGCAUCUGAAGACAAAGCUGUGGACAGAGUUCGCGGUGUCCAUCGGGAAGCCUGUAUCUGAUGUUGAGAGAAGAUCCAGAUCGCUCCGGACCCAGUAUGGGAGGGUGUUAUGGCAUCCAGAGAGGGUCAACACUUUCCAGCAAAGGAUGCUGAGGGAGAAACUGGAUUUUUUGAGGCCUUACAUCGUUCGUAGACGAGGUGAUUCGUUUCUGGAGGACAAGUUUGAUGAUCGGGAGGAGGAUGACGAUGAGCUGGAGACUGAGGGAAGUGUCGACCAGGAGAUGGGAAGCACAUUCGGUAGCCCGCUGGAUGCUGAUGUGACUGGGCGAGACCCAGACGACGAACUUCAAUUUGUGGCCUCACCUUCGAACUCUGCUCCCCUACACUGUCCAAACUCACAGCCUCAAGUCACAGAGGUCAUGUCUUUGAGCUGUGAUCGCCAUAAUGAUGAAGGUUCUCCCGAUCAGCCCGAUCACACAGCUGCACCAAACACAACAUCCAAAUACGACAUAUUAAGCCAGUUUGCAGAGGUUAUGUUGGCGGAUAUGCGGCAGAUUAAAGACCCUAUGGUGCUUAUGAGACUCCGCCGAGAUAUCACCGACCUGGUGUUCAAAGCGGUGGAGGAGGACGUUCAGAGACGAUGCGUUCGAGCGCCAUCCAUGCCCUCGCUGGGGGAUGGUGAACAGGUCCAGAGCUCCUCUAGGCCUCAACAGCUGUGCUCACAGACGAACUUCUCUUGGAGGCAGAGAUUUUUGAGGAGAAAGAACAAAGGAUCUGAGAUCGGGAGGAGGAUGCAGAGAUGGGAGGAGAUGAAGCACAUGAGGAGAACGUCCCGGAGUCAGUUACUGCAGCCCGUACAGCAAAGUCAAGCGCUGGAAGGGAUGAGUGAAAACAUCUCUCAGGCCAUGAUUCAAGCUUCUGAGAUCAAAACAGAGACAGAGCCGCAUAUGGUUAAAAUUGAGGAGGAGACAACUCCAGUGGUUUGAAAUUCCAGAUGGAAAUCUGGCUGUUUUACCUGAUUACAGUCAUCUCAGUGAGUAGGUGUAGGUGAGGAGGCUACUCAAGACGUGGAACACAGUUAUUCAACAAAAAAUGUUGAAGAAUGAACUUGGAGACUGACAAGAAUCUGGCAUUUAUUGCCCUCUUUUCCAGACAGUCAUGACAUUUUAUUUGUAUCUUAUUUGUUUUUUGUAGCACUUUGUAGAAGGUUUCAGAAAUGAACCAUACUGGUAGAAAUACAGGGCUAUAACUAGGAUAAAUAGGUCUAAAACACAAACACAUCUAACAUCAGAGAUCACAGCAAAGAGACUUUUCUGCCUUUUCAAGAUGUAAGAUAUAUGUUUCUAACAAAUCUAUGCCUUUCAAAAACAAUGCUGUCUAACUGAUACUUAGUCUGUAACUGCGAGGCAGUUUUUGUUUUUGAGUACAUCAACUGAUUUCUGGUCAUGUUAGAGAGACGCUCGAGGCUGGCAAACACACUAAAAGUCAGCUGCAAAGAUGCCAAAGUAGAUGUGAUCUAUCUUGAUUUGAGUGUUACUGUUUUUUCUGCUAUAUCAGUCAACUGGUUGGUUAAUGUGCAAUGAGAUACAUGGAUAGGAAGACAGCGUUUCCUUGUUUUAAUAAUGUCUGUAACCUGAGCUGAGCUAAAAUAAAGUCUGCAGACUUGAGAGAGAAAAUAUUGGCAGUUCCCACCUGUGAUCAGCAGGUGGCAGUGUGAAUGUUCUCCUGUUCAAAUUCAGCAAAGUGACUUCUGUUGCACUACAGUAACGUGGACUGUUUGGAUUACUGCACAUUACAGUUUUGAUUUUUAGGAUCUGAGAAACAGCGAAUUAAAGUACAAAAGCAAGCUAGAAAGUAGCAUUUCUGGAGACAGCACUUUUCCAAACCUUAAAAUGAACCUUUUUCACAAUAAAAAGUUAAAAACUUG